UAAUUACUCCAGCUGACUUCCGCCAAUAUUUGGUUUACCUUGGCAAGAAGCAGUAUUGAAAUUUCAAUUGGAAAUUCGUAACAGGAAGAAGGCGUUAAAAGUUAUCUACGAUGUUUAGGCUGAUGGCGCAACAAUUACGCCAACAAGUGCGCCAGGUUUCCCGUGCCAGCUAUGCCAAUUACAUCAAUGCAACAGCUAGUGCCACCAGCGGUUCCACGCCGCCACGGGAGCAACAACAACAACCACAGCAGGCGUCAUCGAUUAUGGUAACCAAAGCUCUUGAAGGUUGGCCCGAAAAACUACGGAAAGCGGAUGUCGGUGAUAUUGAUUUUAAUAUAAAAUGCUUGGUAGCACAUGUACUGGGUCGAAAAUUUAACACGGUUAAAGAUUACAACGAUUUGUUAUUUACUAAUAGUCAACUUGAAGAGUUUGAGCGAUUAUGUGAGGCACGUUGUGCCCGUAUGCCACUUCAGUAUCUAAUCGGCGAGUGGGACUUCAUGGACUUGACUCUGAAGACUUCGCCUUCUGUAUUCAUUCCACGCCCUGAAACGGAAGAAUUUGUUUCUAAAGUAAUUGAAGCGCAUCGUGAUAUUAAUGAGCCAAUUAACAUGUUUGAAGUGGGCUGUGGCUCUGGCGCUAUAUCUCUAGCCAUUUUGAAUGCACUUCCAAAUGUGCGCAGCACUGCGAUUGAUCGUGGUAAAGCAGCAACAGAGUUGUCUAGAGAAAAUGCCGAAAUGCUGGGCUUAGAUAAACGAUUUACCGUAUAUCAUCACACUAUGGAAAAAGACAACUAUGUACCACCAGAAUUGGUAAACGAAACCUACGAUUUAAUAGUUGGCAAUCCGCCAUAUGUAAAAACAGAAGACUUUCCUUUGUUGCAACCGGAAGUAGUAAUCUAUGAAAACUUGAAUGCUUUGGAUGGUGGACCGGAUGGUCUACGUGUUGCUCGUCUAGUUUUCAACCUGGCUUGUGAACAUUUGAGGACUGGCGGCAAGCUAUGGCUGGAAUUGGGAGAAGACCAUCCACCUAUGGUACAAACUGUUUUAGAGACGCAGUAUGAAGGUCGCUUGCGCUUUAUUGCUGGUUACAAAGAUCAGUAUAAACGCAAUCGCUUUGUUGAAAUUGAAAAGGUGAAACCUGAAAGUGAUAAUUAGACGAUAAAUGAAUCCAAGCGUACGAAGAGAUAUGCCAUAGAAGCUAAAAAUUUGGACAUUGAAAUAUAUAUAUUUCUGCAAAUUAGCGCUUUACUUUUAUGCGCGUAGUGAUAUUAAAUUAGCAAGCAUUUAAUGCUCAAGCAAAAUAUUGUAAAAAAAAAAUAUUUUAAAUGCACAUCUUAAA